UCUGGCUGUCUACCCGCGUCCUGCGCUUACGACUGCUCUGCCGCAAGCUGAGUCCCCACUACAUAGGUCCAUUCAAGAUCCUGAGACAGAUCAACGAUGUGACUUAUCAGCUUCAGCUCCCACCCAGGCUGUAAACAAAAUGAACCCAGACAUUGAACCAGUGAUUUUGGCAAACCCAGAAUUCUCCAUUGACCUGUUAAAAGAGCUCUGUAAGGCAAAGCCGCAAGAGAAUGUGUUAUUCUCACCCCUGAGCAUCUCCUCUGCAUUGGGCCUGGUCCUCCUGGGUGCCAAGAACGACACUCUUGAACAGAUGUAAAAGGCCCUCCACUUUGGCAAAAUGGAAAUUAUGUACCACUGUCUGUAUGAGGAGCUCUACAAAGAAGGGGAGUACAAGGAUAAAAAAAAGAGAAGCCUGCAGCUGGUGAAUUGCUGGUCUGGAGACCAGACAGUCAAAUUUAAUGAUGAUUUCCUAGACGAAUGUGAGGAGUGGUGUUUCGGCAGCUUGAGGAAUGCUGACUUCAAGACGAAUCCUGAUGCUGCGAGAGAACAGAUCAACGCCUGGGUGAAGACAAAGACUGAUGGAGAUGUGUCUGAGGACAAAAGGUUUACUCUUAUCAACACAAUGCAGUUCAAGCAGAACUGGGCCAAGCAAUUUGAAAUAAAGGACAAAAGAGGUGAUUGGCUAAUGAUGGGUAAGGAGGAUAAAAUUCCCCUGGGUACUAUCCCACACAGACAUCAUGUGGAUUACCCUAAAUCUCCCCCUGAAGCUUGGAUUCUGGAGAUCCCGUAUGAGUAUAAACAUCUGAGCAUGUUUGUUAUACUUCCAAACGAGGGCACUGACCUGCAAAAGCUGAUAGACUCGAUCACUUAUGAGAAGAUUCUGGUGUGGACUCAGCCGGACAAUAUGAGUCACACAGAUACAUAUGUUGAAAUGCCCAUGUUUACGCUGAAGAAGGAAUAUGACAUGGAGGAGACCCUGAAUCUUCUGGGAAUAAAAGACCUCUUCAGUGAUAAGUGUGAUUUAUCUGGCCUGGCUGAUAAGUUGAAACUGUCCAAAAUGGUGCAUGAGUGUGUUGUUGAGGUGGACGAGAAUGGCACAGGGGCAGAUGGAGGCAGUGGUGGAGUUGUCCAGACUCAUCACCAUAAAAAAUUCAGUGAGUCUUUCAUUGUAGAACCCCCCUUCCUUUUCUUCAUCCGCCACAACCCCACAGAGAGCAUCCUGUUCUGGGGCCGCGUCAUCACCCCAAAACCUGAAAACUAGAAUCUGAAGCGCAAAUCAGAGCAGGUUCUGCAACAGUGUGAUCUGUCGUAGUAAAAACAGCACACAGUGAUUAUAUCACAUGUUUCUUCAUUUAAAAUUGAUUUGCUUGGAAUGUACGUUUUAAACAAAACUCUGAAUACUCAAAAUGUUCAAGCACUUAAACUGAAAACUAUAAAUAAAGGAGAAUCA